CGCGCCUCAACUCCUCCGAAGCUCCAGGCCGGUACUCCACGCGGUCCUGGACGUGUGUGUCAAGAGGUUCAGAAAGGCCUUCAGAGACCAGUUUCUGCUCAGGGAUUUCUCUUGCGCCGGGCGGAGAAAAAACUCGCCGGGGAUUCCGAAAAGUACGAGAACAAUUCAAAUUUUUCUUCCUCAUUCUGACUUUUUCUUCAGGAUCAACUUACAUACUUGCUUUACGAUUGGUUACGUUUUUUUGCAUCACCUCAUUUUCUUCACCGAAGAUGAACUUGAAGCCUUUGGUUUCGCAUUGAUGCCAUUUUUAGCUGCUGCACUAUCGAAGUAAAAAAAAGAAACGAACAACAACAAGAUCAAGAACAACUGUCCAAGCCGUGCCGGUUCCGCGGCAACUACUCCGCCUAUUAUUCGCCCCCGGUCGAUUUCAGUUAUUUCCUGCAAAACCGCAACUCCUGGCUGGGCAGCACCAGACAAGCACUCUCGGGAUUGACCUACGAGGUCGAUCGGUCGGACUUCCGCCCAGCCUGGACGGUGGAGCGGGAGAUUUUGCGGACCAACUCUUCCGUCGACGGUGUUUCCUGGGCGCAGAUCGAGGAGCCCUUCUGGUUCUCGCACGGGCAGCGGGUGCAGCUGCUACCGGAGUCCUGCGGAACAGCGGGGGAGGAUCUAAAGCUCUUCUCCCGGGACGUUGCGGAUGAUGACGAGAUUUUCUUCAAAUUGGCCAGUGCCGCGGACGAAGGCGAUGAAGUAGAAGGUGAAGGCAGCUCCGAGCAGCAGGUGGGGAGGUGUCCUCGAGCAAACAAAGACGUCGACAAUGUCGAGGACACGACUGACGGGGAUUGGUAUCAAGACAGUUCUUCCGACGAUGAAGUAGAAGAUGAUGACGAUGCUGGCGAAGGAGCGAUACAUGAAC